AGAGAAAAUGUUGUUGUUCCAUUAACUAAAGUAACCAAAAACCCAGGUGAAAAAAAGAAGAAAUUAAUCAAUACUAUUAAAGAUACAAUCGACAACUAUAAAUCUAUUUAUUUAUUCACAUACGAAAAUAUGAGAAAUAACAAAUUAAAAGCUCUUAGAACUGCUUGGUCAACCAGCAAAUUCCUUUUUGGUAAAAAUAAAGUUUUAGCCUACGGUUUAGGUAAAAGCGAAGAAGAUGAAUUAAAAACCGGUUUACAUAAACUUUCAGAACAUUUAGAAGGUGAAUGUGGAUUAUUUUUUACAAAUGAACCAAGAGAAAAAGUUUUAGAAUAUUUCGAAAAUUUCAGCGAAAAAGAUUUCCCAAGAUCAGGUUUUGUCCCAGAAGAAACCAUUACAAUUAAAGAAGGUCCACUCACUGGUUUUGUCCACUCAAUGGAAACUUAUUUAAGAGGUUUAGGUUUACCAACUUCAUUAAAGAACGGUGUUAUUUAUCUUGAAAGAGAUUAUGAUAUUUGCGAAGAAGGUGUUGCCAUUAACCCAGAUCAAUCUCAAUUAUUAAAACUUUUCAAUCAUCAAAUUUCAGAAUUUAAAAUUGUUGUCAAAGGUGUUUACACAGAAGAAGAAUUCACUUUACUUAACGGUCAAGAACCAAUUGAAGAAUAA